AUGACACAGUAUAAUUUCAUUAUUGAUGCCUCGGCUUUUGAAAAGGGUUUAGGUAACAUUAAAAGGUGGUGUUCUGACUGCACGGAGACGGUAACUUUGAAUUUCUAUAUUCCAACUUUCACAUUAAAUGAAUUGGAUUUUCUUCAACAGAGACGUAAGAGUUUUGCGGCUCGCGAAUCCUUGAAGUUCAUUGACAGGUUAGACGAUCCUAGCUUUACUAACUUGAAAGUUUUCAUUGAGUUUCCCGAAGUUUUAGAUAUUAUAUUAUGGUCUGAUGUUAUGGAACAUAACAACAAUGCUGGCAAGGUAAAUAUUGCGAAGCUGCCUAAAAGAUUGAAGAAUUUACUGAAAAGUUGCAUCUAUAAAUGCUAUUUAGACGGGAAUGAGGGGUUGCAUUGGUUUCUAAUAAGCGAAGAUUCUCAAAUUCGUGAUAUGGCUGUACAAUGCAACAUUCCCUCUUGUUCAAUUGUUGAUGUGGAUUCGAUCUUAUCUAAGGACAUGAACGACAAAUCAUUUAGAGAGAGUGAAAAAUUCAAUAAUAUGAUGCUUAAAAAUGGCACUAAGGAAGAAAGCGAAAACGGCAGAGAAACCAUCAAAACUAAUUUCGAUAAGACAGUAUAUGCUUCGAGAGGUACGGGUGAACUGUGGUCUCCAUGA